AUGUCGGCGACCCAACGGGCCAGGCCAGACCGAUGGCCGUUUUCGCUCCACAAUUCGGGCUCCCCAGACGAACAAGCGCCCAGUCCGCACGAUGACCAGAACCACGAGCUCGUCUUCCUGUGUCCCACUGCGGACCAGCUCUACGACACGAUGAACAAUGUCGGCGACUCAGCUCUCCAUGGAGCGAGACAUGAGCUGCGACGCCGCAGUCCCCGUAACUCUCAAUUUCACCUCGGCCACGCCGUUGCUUUCUCGAUCUCCGGCGAACAGUCCGGUAUCAACAUCAUCAGACACGAGCGAAGUUCUGGCGGGAUGGUGCUAGGCCUGGCAUCCUCAAUGUCGCCCAUAGCCACGGCAACCGCAUCCUUCCCGACUCCGAGCACUGCUCUCAGCACGGCCGCAGCCGGAACAAAGCUGAGCUCAGCCACUAGCGAGACUUUGGGAAGCACCGGGGCGCUUUCGACACCAUCAACCGGCACCGACGUCGACAAAGCAACUUGA